AUGGUGAUUUCUUACAGAAGGAAAUUCCUCCUACGAGACCAUGAACUAGUGAUGGGUGCAAAUUUAAAGGCUAUCGUGAUGGGUCGAAGACAUGCAGCUGGUAUCCGCCAGGCGGCUGUGAUGCAGAAGCAGAGGAUGAGGGAGAGGAGAGCUGCACGAGCAGAGUCACCCGAUGCCUCGGCAUCAGAUGGUUUGGGAGAACCAUCCCCAGUGUUGGCAACUGCGGGAAAAUCUCCAAAUGCCCUGAGCGGGAAAAUCUCCAAAUGCCCUGAGGUUGGUAGCUCCUCAGGGAAGUCUGUGCGUCCAAAAGGAUGUCCCACCGAGACUGAGCCUGAAAUUUAUCCAUUGACACCACUGUGUUUGAAAUCAAAGGAGACAUUUGUAGAGCAGUUUGGAUUUAAGAAUAUUAUUUUGGAUAGUAACACACAAAUCACCAAAGAAAGUCGCAUACUAGCCAGACCAAAGCAAACAAAAACUAUAUGUGGUGAUGGAAAUUGCUAUUUUAGAGCUGUGUCUCAUGUUCUAUGCGAUAGUGAAGAAAAUCACAUGUUCUUUAGAAACGAAGUUGUGAAUCAUAUGAUUGAUAAUGAUUUACAUUUUAGAAGUCACUUAAGAUCAGGUGAACGCUCUGUAAGUAAUUAUGUGGUUAAGAAACGUAUGUUGCAUAAUGGUACAUGGGCAACAGAGGUAGAAAUACUAGCUGCAGCAGACUUUUUGAAAACGGAUAUCUAUAUCUAUGAUGAUGCACAGUCUACUUGGCUAAAAUUUUCAGCAAAACAAGUCCGCCCAUUUGUAGAUGUUCAUGAUGAAAGUAUAUACCUAAUUCACAAAUAUCAAGCUCAUUAUGAUGUUGUUUUGGAUGUUAUGGAAAAGGAUUGUUCUGUUGAAACAUUUGCUGGAAACAAACAAAAUAUUUACUUUGCAGUUCAAAGUACAGAAGAAAAACAGCAAAAAGAGCAAACUGAGCCAGUACCAAUGGCAGUACAAGGCCACUUUGACCAAAGCGAUCCAAGGUUUCUGGACAAUGCUGGUAAGCAAUGUGUCAUGAAUAGUUUGUCAGCUCUCAUAUACAGUUGCAACAAACAUACAACAGCUUGGACACCAUUUGAUGUAGAUCAAAUCCUUACAAAAGGCAAUGAAAUGUAUGAAAUUUUGCAGCGUAGUAGUACCAUUGAGCAUGAUCUGCUAGCAAUUAAUGAAAUACCAAGAUGUGUUGAGUACAAUGAUGAGCUAUACCACUUCACAUUUCAAGAAUCACUUAUGGGCACGCUUGACAGUACAGGACAAAAUUUAGAUGAAUUUCAGUUUUAUACACUGGAUGAAGCUUUAACAAUAUCUUUGAUGCAGGAUGAUAGCCAGGCUGCAUUUGUGACAUUUAGAGGAAAUACAUUUGUUGUCAUCAAACAGGAUAACCUUUACUGUAUAUGCGAUUCUCACUCGAGAAAUUUAACUGGCAUAGUUGAUCCAAAUGGCUCUAGUACCGUUAUACAUUAUCAAAAUAUUGAAUAUGUGUUACAUCAUUGUCUUCAACUUGCAGAAUCUUUGGCGUGCCAAAUAAAUGAUGUUUUUGAAAUAACUGCUGUCACAGUAUCUAAAGCAUCUUCCACCGAAUCAGGAACUAGUCGUGCAAGUUCAUUAUCAAACAAAAACCAAAAAACUGAAAAAGAUUCAAAAAAACAGAGACUAAUAGAUGUACAAAAGAAGGCUAAUGCACGUGCAAAAAACCCAGAAAGGUACAAGGCUGUAGAUCUACAAAGCAAGACUACUGCACGUGAAAAAAAUCCAGAAAAACACCGUGCCAUAGAUAAACAAAGCAAAGCCAAUGUACGUGAUAAAAAUCCAGAGAAACACCGUGCCAUAGAUAAACAAAGCAAGACUAAUGCACGAGAUAAAAAUCCAGAAAAACACCGUGCGAUAGAUAAACAAAGCAAGGCCAAUGCACGUGAUAAAAAUCCAGAGAAACACCGUGCUAUAGAUAAACAAAGCAAGGCCAAUGCACGUGAUAAAGAUCCAGAAAAACAGAGGCUUAUAGAUGUACAAAAGAAGGCUAAUGCACGUGCAAAAAACCCAGAAAGAAAACACCGUGCGAUAGAUAAACAAAGCAAGGCCAAUGCACGUGAUAAAAAUCCAAAAAAGUUAAAGGAACUUGACCUAAAGAGCAAACAACAAGCCAGAAAAGAUCCUCUAUAUCUCGAGCAAGAGCUGCUGGUGAAAAAGAAAGCUAGACUUGAUCCAUUGUUUUUACAUGCCGAAGCUAAAGCGGAUGUUUCUAGGAAAAGGCAGUUACGCUUAAAUAAAAACUUCCUUGAGAACGAAAGGUUAAAACAAGUAGAAAGAAGGAAGCGGAACACAACAGAACAUAAAGCAUUAGAUAGAAAACGAAAGGCAGAUAAUCGAAACCACGAUACAUUUAGUGGUAAUGAAAGACACCAAUACAAAAAGAGGCGUUUUGGAAAUGAUAUAUCAGAAUGCAUAACUGUCUUCCAAAGAAAAAUUCAGAGAGGGCCUGAAUAUGUGUGCACAUGUUGUCAACAGACAUGGUUUAGUGAAAGUGUAAAAGAAAGUUCCCCGAUUCCUGUUUUUCCACAAUACACAGAUUUCUAUACAGGAUUCAAAUCGGUAGAUGGUAAGGAAUGGAUUUGUCAUACAUGUUAUGCCUCAUUGAAGAAAUGCAAAGUCCCAAAACUGUCGGUCAAGAAUGGAAUGAAAUGGCCAGAAAAACCACCAGAAUUAGACUUGCAUCCACUUGAAGAACGCCUCGUAGCAUUGAGAAUACCUUUUAUGCAAAUACGAGAAUUACCACGAGGCGGACAAUACUCUGUAAAAGGAAAUGUAGUGAAUGUCCCAAUAGAUAUUCAGCCAACUAUUAAUGCAUUACCAAGACAAAUGGAUGAACAUUUCACAGUUGCUGUAAAAAUGAAAAAAAGACUAACAUAUAAAUCAUGUGUUUUGUCAGAAAAUGUUCGGCCUAACAUGGUACUCUCCGCCCUUCAUUGGUUGAUGAAGAACAGUGAUUUGUAUAAGAAUUCUUGUAUUAAAAUUGAUGAUGAUUGGCUUCAGAAAACAGCUGAAAGUGCUGAAGAAAUUGUUCAAGAAUUCACAAAAGCACAAGAUAAUGAAUCAAAUGUGCUGAAAAACCAAUCUAGUUCUAUACCUUCUGAUCAGUUCAAAACCAGACACUUCAAAGAGAAUGAUUCAGAUAAUAAAAGCUAUGAUGACAGCAGCAAUGCUUGUGAGAAAGAUGAUAAUUUCAUUGAAAUGAAUGAAGAUGAAUGUAUUCAAGGCAAUUCUGAUACGCUCAUUGAUGAAGCCAACCUUGACACAAACAAAGAGCUAGUCUUUGCACCAGGUGAAGGUCAGCAACCAAUUGGUCUCUAUCAUGACGAAGAUGCUGAGGUCCUAUCAUUCCCAUCAAUAUAUUGUGCACAAAAAAGGUUGAAAAACAAUGAGAGACAAACACCUGUUUCAUACAGUGAUUUAGCAAAAUGGGAACUUCGAAGUGUUGAUAGAAGAGCUGCAGCAUCUGUUCCAAAUAUAUUUUUCAAAUUGAACAAAAUACAAAGAAAACAGGUAGCAGACAAAGUAAAUUUGGCAAUCCGCAGAAAAAAGAGUGACGGAAACAAAAUUACUGCGUCAGAUGCACAAAAUCCUGAAAUAGCCGACAAGAUAGUAAGCUUAAAUGAAGGUUACUAUAUCUUCAGAACUCUCAGAAAUUCUCCAGCAUAUCUUUCUUCAAGAAAAAAAGACGUCUUCGCAAUGAUAAGACAGAUAGGAUUACCAACAUGGUUUAUGUCAUUGUCUUCUGCCGAUACUCGAUGGAACGAGUUGCUUAAAACCCUUGCUGUGUUGUCUGGCACACCUUGCUCUGACCAACAAAUAAGAAAUAUGACUUGGUCUGAAAAAGUUAAACUUGUACAAAAAGAUCCAGUGACAUGCAGUCGAUAUUUUGACCAAAGGGUUCAAGUAUUUAUGAAUACUGUUUUGAAAAGUGAACAUGCCCCAAUUGGAAGUGUAACGGACACUUUUCAACGUAUAGAAUUUCAGAACAGAGGUUCUCCACAUGUUCACAUGAUGAUCUGGACUGAAAAUGCACCCAAAUACAACAUUGAUUCAGAAGAAGACAUUAUUCGAUAUGUUGAUAAACAUGUGACAUGUUCUCUUGCUGUAGAUGAUGACAUGCAGGAAUUUAUUAAAAUGCAAGUACACAAACAUUCAAAAACUUGCAAGAAAGGUGGCAGAUCUGUGUGUAGAUUUGGAUUUCCACUUCCCCCACUUCCAAACACUAUGUUAUUGGAACCACUUGAAACAGAUAUUGAAACAGGAUGUGACAUGUCUUAUGAAGAGUUUCUAACAGAAGUUGUGCAAAUUGAAGAGGCAGAGUACAUUAAGUGUAUAAGAAGUUCACUGAAAGGACCAAAGAUAUUUUUAAAAAGGGAACCUAAAGAAAUGAGGGUAAAUUACUACAAUACCACAGUACUACAAGCAUGGAAAGCAAAUCUUCACUUGCAAUUUGUUUUAGACCCAUAUGCCUGUGCAAUGUACAUUGUAUCAUACAUAAGCAAAUCACAAAGAGGUAUGAGCACUAUGUUAGAACAAGCUUCAAAAGAGGCAGCAGAAGGAAACAUUGAUCUUAAACGUCAAGUCAGACAUAUUGGAAACAAAUUUCUCAAUUUUGUAGAAAUCAGUGCCCAAGAAGCAUCAUAUCUUGUACUACAAAUGCCCUUGACCCGAGCUUCUCGUGAAGUCAUAUUCAUUAAUACGUCAUUACCUAAAGACAGAGUUUUCCUUCUGAAAAGCCAAGAACAACUGAAAGAUCUUCCUAAAAACUCUACAGAUGUUGAAUCUGACAAUAUCAUCAAGCGGUAUGCAAGGAGACCAAAAAAGCUAGAGAACUAUUGCCUUGCUGAUUAUGUUUCUGAGUUGGAUGUGAAAUACAAAAAAAACAAAGCAGAGUUUAGAAAAUGA